CUUUUAUUUUAUUUUAUUUAUUUAUUUCCCUUUCUUCAUCAAUAAUAUCUUCUUAUAUUCCUUCAUCACUUUUUUCUUAUCUAUAUAUUUCUCUCUCAAUUUUCUAUUAACCUCAAACAGUAACCACACACAUCUCAUGGAAAUGGAAGACCAUAACCAUAACCAUCAUCAUCAUCAUCAACACUAUGGUACUACUACUAGUAAUACUAUAACUGAUCUCACACAACUCAUUACCAUUGGACAAAGAUCAACAACCUCCCACUUCCCCACGGCGGAGCUCUUCCCUUCCGCCAGCAACCACCCGAAUCUGGCUGUAACGGCGGCACAACAACAAUAUGAGAUGAUGAUGUUUGGUCGUCAAGUAGCCGAUAUAAUGCCUCGGAGUCUUCAUGAUUUUGUAUCAACAGAUUCUGCUGCUGUUGCUGCUGCUGCUACUACCACUACUACAAGUGCUUCAACACCUUCUCUUAGUGGUAAUCUUGAGGCGGAAACUACCGGUUGCAUUGGAGCAGGUGGAAGCAUCGUCGAUGCUUCCACCGGUAGAUGGCCUAGACAAGAGACUCUUACUCUUCUUGAAAUCAGAUCUCGUCUUGAUCCUCAAUUCAAAGAAGCUACUCAAAAGGGUCCUCUUUGGGAUCAACUUUCUAGGAUGAUGUGUGAAGAGCAUGGAUAUCAAAGGAGUGGAAAAAAAUGCAGGGAGAAGUUUGAAAAUCUAUACAAAUACUACAAGAAAACAAAAGAAGGAAAAGCUGGAAGACAAGAUGGAAAACAUUACAGGUUCUUUCGUCAACUCGAAGCCUUAUAUGGCGAAAACAACAACCCUUCUUCAUCUUCUCUCCCACAUAACAAUUUUGGAACCAACAACAAAUAUUGUGAUAGUCUCAGCCUCACAAACUCCACCGAAUUCGACACGUCUUCGUCUGAUAAUGACAACGAUCAUAGCAUCGAGGGCUCGAUGGAGAAGAGAAAAAAGAAGAUGAGUGGAAAAAGCUUUUGGAAGGUAAAGAUUAAAGACUUCAUCGAUUCGCAGGUGAAGAAGCUGGUGGAGAAGCAAGAGGAAUGGUUGGAGAAGCUGACGAAAACACUGGAACAAAAGGAAAAGGAGAGAGUGUUGAGAGAAGAAGAAUGGAGGGAACAAGAGAAAGAGAGGUUGGAAAAAGAGCACAAUUUUUGGGCUAAAGAAAGAGCAUGGAUUGAAGCUAGGGAUGCUGCUUUAAUGGAAGCUUUGCAGAAACUAAAAGGAAACGAUGAAACAAUAACAAAAACUCAAUCUUCUUCUCAUCAUGAUGGAAACAAGAAGAGAAAGGAAAACACAAGAGGUUCUUUCUACUUUGAUAGUAACGUUAACAACAAUGUUGAAAGGUCUUGUUUAUAUAACAACAAUGGAGUUGGAGUAGGAGUAGGAGUAGGAGUUUCUUAUUGUGAUGAUCAAAGGGAAGUAGUACAAACAACCGACGGUUCAAAUUCUAACAACGUUGUUGUUGCAGCUGAAAAUUGUUUUCCAUUUUUGAUGGGUGAGGGUGGAAAUUUGUGGGAUAAUUACAGCAUGAAGAAACAUCAGAGGUUAAAACAAAAACAAAAAAACUGUGUUCAGAUUUAUUCGACCAAGUGUUGAGGUAUUAUAUGACACUAAUUCAGGUGAGUGUUUCUCGUGCCUGCUUUUUCUUUGUCAUGUUUGUCUCCUUACUCCUUCAUGCAUGUUUAGUUUGUUUCUGAAAUUUUAGGGUAUUUAAAUUAAUAAUUGAUGGACACUCAUUUAUUGUAACUAUCUAUUUGACAUUUCUAUCUAUUGAAUAUCAAUUAUUUUUCUUGGUGGUUGGGGGUGGAGUUCCGGUGGUCUAAUGGUAGUUGGCGGUAGAGCUCCGACGAUAGGCCGGCCACCAUUGUAAUAAUUAUUUUUAGUUAUAGUUGUAAAAACUAAUUUUUGAAUUAUGAAAAGUAUAUGUUAAAUAUUAAAUAUAUUAUUUUCUUUAUUUAUUAACACAAUUUGCAAUUCAAAUGGGUAAUAGAUGGCCUUGAAACAUUAAAUUAUUUAAUUAUUUAAAUAGUUUGGGCCUGUGUUAUGCAAUUGAGAAAGAAAUUAUAUUACUCUUUAUUUAUUGAUCAAUUUUUUUAAGAUCUCAUAGAUU